AUGGCCAAUAAUAUUAUCCUUGAUUUCCAGGGUACCCAAAUGGACGAUGUUGCUGUCAGUUCGUCAUAUGAAGGUGGUCUGUCGGUAUUGCUGUCAGCAUGCGCUCCACCGCUAAGCCUCGACGACGACUUUGGUCUUGGAUGGGAUUGCUUUGAUCGGAAAAAGGACGUGAAAAGUGAUUCAUUUGAUGAUUUCGAUUCGACAACAAAUUCACCAUUAUCACAUCUUGGAGUUGAAUCCGAAUCUUCUUCACCGUCAUCAUUAACCUGUAGCUUGUCUCCUUUGGAUUUGGAUUGUGACACUUCGCUUCCGUCUUUUUCCUAUGAUGAAUCGCCUUCACCACUUCUCGGUAUGCCCGAUCCGAUUGUACCAGCGAUGGUUAUGGAUGACCCAUUCGCUGUUGCUUCUGUACCGACACGGAGACCUAUUAUGGUUCGGAAGCGUAUGCAUGAAUGUUCAAUGGUAUGCUGGCUUUUCCGGACCUUACUCACUUCCGAAUAUCGUGCUCUGCCAUUGAAUGCCAUCUUUGAAAUUUUUGAGGAUACUAACCCCUCGUCAGCCCAUGGCCGUCAUUGGCGUCAGUCCAUUCGGCAUUGUCUAAUGUCAUCUGCGGUUUUCGUUCGCGUCCUAACACCAAAUGUUUGUUGA